AUUGUGACAGGCCUGCAAUAAAUUUAAAAAGUUACUGCAAUGAGUGCUCAUGUGAAAGCCAUGUUAAAAAGCAAAAAAGUUAAAUUGUUGACUACAGAUUAUUUUGUCAUUUGGUAAUGUAUUCGUUUUUAAUGCACUGACAAAUCAACAUGAUGCUUGUCAGACAUACCUUCAGAUAUGUAGAUGUUUGCAAACUACCUACAGUACACCAUACCCUUCAAAGAGCCAGUGUACAAUGGUGUUGGACCUCCCGUUGACUGUGUGGGCAUGGUGGGGCUGUAGAAAGGGCUUGUGUGUGACCAGACUGUCCAGCACGCUCGGGCAAGACUGUUCUCAUAGUAGAAGCAUUUCCACGACUUAGGGGCCUUUGUCUGGCCAUCAACAAAAGCCUUUGGAUUACUGGCUCACAGUACAGCUGUGUGCGUGUAUGGGCAGGUCAGUGGAAUGACUGUAGCUCCGGUGGGCUAAGCACUCACAAAAAUGCAGUUUGGUGAGAUUGUAGAUUAAGAGAGAGGAGGGGCGGUGGACAGGUGCUGAUUUUCCAGAAAGCAGACAAAAAGACACACUUGAAAAAUCCCCAUGGAAUCUAGGAGAGAAAUAGGAAACAUGUUCCCUAACAUGUUUGGUUUGUGGGUUGGUUUUUUUCUUCCAAUAAUUUGUUAAACAAAUUAUUGCUAUCCGAAUCAGAAUAAUUUUGUUGAAGUGAAUGUUAUUGGGAAGUAUAACUACUUCAGUCAUGACAUACUGCAAAAGCUGUGAGGGAAAUGUGGUGGGUUUGUGGCACUAGAGAACACUUAAAACACUGUUUCAACUCUCUAAAGUACCUGUGUUCACGCUCUGCCUGCGACACAAUAACAACAUCACUGAAAGGGAGUGCCGUGAUUGGCUAGAGAGACACCAAUGACGGUGCAGCAACAGACUUUGGUGGGAGCACUCUGAACUCACCUGAUACGCUACCUGGCUGUGCUCUGCCUCAAAGUCUCAUUACCUUUCCAUUACCUGGAUCACUGGGCUUCAUUGUGUCUGUGGACUCCAACAGGCAAAGUGAUCCUCUGCACCAGACUUUAUUCAUACACACAAAGACCAGCAACCAUGGCCGUUGCAAAUUUCCACUACCUGACUCGGAUGAGCAGUGGUUUCAAAGUGUACAUCUUGGAAGGUCAGCCCAAUCUCAGAAGCGAGGACCGGUUCAGACACAUGACCAAUGAGAGAGUCCGAGUGCCACCAGUGCAUCCAAUCAAACGCAAGCACAGUUCUGACCGGGGCCUAACUCUGGAGGAAAGGAGAGAGAGAGCACUGAGGAGAAGCCUUUCCAAAGGGGCUCCAAGGCCUGCAGCUGGGUUCAGCAUCCCCCCAAGCCCCACAUCCCCCUGGAGCCCCCGAGCCAUGGAGCCCCUGCCCAGCCACCUCUACUCCACACCCUGCAUGGAUGAGCCACUGGACCUCAUCAAGAAACCAAGGAAGGAGCCAGUGAGGACAGAGGAGAAGAGCAAGCCCGCUCCAGCCAAUCAGAUACAGAUCCGUCCUUCGGUCAUCACCUGUGUUCCCUCGGUGAGAAACACUGUCUGUCGACUUCCACUCCGCUCCUCCACAGUGGUGUCUCAGGCUAGCUCUGAUCAUGUGGUGGAUGAACACUUCCAGAGGAGCCUGGGCCCAGACUACCAGAGGGCCACCUCCCUGGGCCCAGACUACAAGAGGGCUUCCACCCUGGGGCCAGACUACCAGAGGGCUUCCACCCUGGGGCCAGACUACCAGAGGGCCCCCUCCCUGGGCCCAGACUACAAGACGGCUUCCACCCUGGGGCCAGACUACCAGAGGGCCGCUUCCAGACAGAUCAGCAUCAGCGUUUCCGUGGACGACCACUUUGCCAAGGCCCUGGGGGAGAAGUGGCUACAGAUCAAAUCCAAGUCAUCCUCGUGCUCCUCUUCCACGUCCUCCCCACCCAGCAGCCCCAGCGUGACUCACUCCCCCACUUACAGCCACAGCCCCAACCAAUCCCUCAAAGAGUCUCCGAGCUCCACAACCUUCUGGUCUACCAAAUAAAGCGAGAUCCGUUUCCUCGCUUUUUCCGACAAGAACGAACACAGCAUUUCAAGGAGCGUCAAGAAUGAACACAUGCUUUUCCGCACCAUGUUUGAGAGAGGAGGAGCUGAUUGAUGUACGACACACUGUUUAGUAGGAUCCUUCGAUACAUCACGACUUUCUGUUUCUGCGACAGUUUUGAGUCAAAAGGCAAAGUCUCACAUUGUUGUGAUGUUUUUUAUUUCUCCUGAAUUGUGUGAUGUAAUUGCUUGUCAACGGAAUGUCUAUCUCUGACAUAGGAUGCAGGAAUUAUUUCCAAUGUUGUAUUUCACUAACUGUCUCCUUCAUUUCAUGUGGUGAAGAUACUACAAUUGUAAUUCCUAUUUAUAUUUCAACAUAUCUGGGUCCUUACUUUCAGUCUGAUUAAUCAUCUGCUGUAUAUACUCCUAACAACGUCAUCUUUGUAUUUGUAUUUUUUACAUGUGAUGUACAGUGACACGUAUGUAGCAUUACUGCCAGCUUCUUGUCCCCCAAGUUAAGAUAAGUUAUUUAUUACUAGAUGUAACUAGAUGUAACUAGAUGUAAACUAAUUGAUUAUACCGUGCGCCAAAAAUGGAUACAACUCCACAAAAAAGCAUAUGUAUAACUUUAAAACUUGGGAAAUACAUUAAUUCAACAUAAA